AUGAGCAGGGCCGAGUGUCAGGACAUAGAAGAGCACUCCCUCCUGGCUUUUCCAGGGCACAGGCUUUUGAGACCAGACGUGCGAUUGUUUGUUGUUGAGCACUGCAACGCAGACGGCUGCUACCGGUCAAAGGUGAGCAGGGAACAAACCCCCAACCCCCAUCUAGAUGGCAUUCGAACCAGUAUUGGAGCCACCAGCACCAGGGACCUGGUGGAUGACAUGCUGACCAUCACAGAGGAUGAGAUCAAGUUGAGCACGCACUGCUACCUCCUCCCCGCACGCCCAGAGGCCACACAGCUGGUGCGGAAGAGGAUGAAGCUGCUGGGUAGGGGUGGUGGCCGUGCUCUCCCUGGGAUCCCAGGAGAUGCACCGGAGGCAAGGGACAGCUGCAUCACGCUGUGUGGAGGAAAUGUGGACCUGGGCUCCCUGGCCUGGCUCAUGGGAGCCCAGGGCAAAGAAGCUGCAGGAAAUGAGUGGCCUGUGGAGUCACCUACCCCAGGGAGGGGACACAGGACCAGGGCAUUUCUGCACUGCUGCUGUUUGUACCAGGGAAGCUCCAGCUACUAGUAAGCCAGAUGCCAUUCAGCACAAAAGGGCCUGGCUUUUGAGGAAGGAGGGGGAGCUCUUCCCUGCAGGGAGAACACACCUGUGCCUGACCUG